AUGUCUAAUUCACCGUCCUCGGAUAAUGGUAAUGGACAGCAGCACGUACAACACAACAAUUCCCAUUCCCAUACACAUACAUCUAAGUUAGAACACCAAACAGAUGUUCAUUCGCAUUCGCAUUCGCAUUUCGAUUCCGAUGCCGAUGCCGAUUCCACUUCCAAUUCCAAUUCCAAUUCCGAUUCGCACUCGCACUCACAUGCAAGUGGUGCCAAUCUCUUGCAUCACCACCACCAUUCUGCUCAUGAGCCCAAUGAAUUUUUAGCUGCUGGCACUGCCUCUAUUAAAUCAAAUCCCGCUGUUCGAAUCACUUGGAUAGGUCUUGUAGUUAAUGUUGCAUUGGCUAUAUCAAAGGGAAUUGGCGGAGUAGUUUUCCACUCACAAGCAUUGGUUGCUGAUGCCAUCCAUUCAGUUAGUGAUAUGCUUGCUGAUUUCUUGACUUUGGCCACUGUCAAUGUUGCUGCGAAAGUAGGCACUCCGACCAAGUUUCCCUUUGGAUAUGGAAAGAUUGAAACUAUCGGUUCCUUUACUGUUAGUGCCAUUUUAUUAUUUGCCGGUAUCUCCGUUGGAUGGUUGUCAUUGUUGCAAAUUUUUGAAUUUGUACUUCCUACCCAAAUGUAUGAAAUUGCCGCCAGUGUCAACAUUGGACAUAGUCAUAGUCAUGCUGACCUAGGCGGUGCAUCAGCAUCGCAUGACCAUGCACAUUCCCAUACUCAUACCACCCACACACCCACAGGCUCAGAAUUAACGACGCAUCGAGAAAUCCCCAAUAUCAAUGCUGCUUGGUUAGCAGCUGGUUCAAUUGUCGCCAAGGAGAUUUUGUACAAAAAGACAAUGCAAAUUGCUGUUGAAACAAACUCAAAGGUGCUUGUAGCUAACGCUUGGCAUCAUCGUGUGGACUCACUUACAGCAAUUGUUGCGUUGCUCACAGUUGCUGGAGGAGUUUUUUUCAAUAUUGCCUGGUUGGAUUCUAUUGGUGGAAUGGGGGUCUCUGUAUUAAUUAUCAAAGCCGGUUGGGAUACUUUGAAAGAAGCAUGGUAUGAAUUGAUUGACCGAGGUGAGCAACCAGGUUCAGACUUGUAUAAUAAAGUGGAGAAUAUAAUUUCUCAUGAAUUGGCAAGCAAUGUCCAAUUGAAUCAAUUUAAAUUGAGACAAUUGUCGGUGUUAUCUUCAGGUGCCAAUACAAAUAUCAAUUUUGUGUUGUUGACGCAAAAUAAAUCGAUUGAUUUGUUGACUUUGAAUCAGUAUGAAAAGACUCUAACUGAUUUAAUCAAACAAGACGAUAGAUUUGUUCGUAAUGUGUCUAUUAAAUUUGAAGUUGCCAAUGAAGAAGAAACAAUCGAGGAGAAUAACGAUAAAGAAAAUUAA